AUGCACCUGGCGGAACGUGGGGCGAAGGUCACCAUCGUCGAUCCCCGCCCUCCCUUUACCGCGAGCAGCCAGUAUUCAACGGAAUGCUACCGUGACUUCUUCCUGGAUGCGGCGCUUGUGCCGUUUAUGUCGCGCUCAGUGGACAUUCUGGAAGAACUGGCCGGUGAGGCCAAUGAAAUCGGACUAUCAAGGCGCGGCUACUGCUUCUUCACGGCAACGGAUGAGGGAUGCGAGGCCUUCGAAGCCUUUGCGCUGCGGGCCUCGGAGUACGGGGGUGGCCCCCUGAGGCGACACCGGGAUUUGUCGUCGUACCAGAAGCCUUCAGACGAUUUCCGAAACCCGGACCUCGUGGGCUUCGACCUCAUUGCCGGUCAAGAAAACAUUGCCAGUAUCUUCCCUUUCGUCGCGAAGGAGGCCAAAGGCCUCCUUCACGCCCGGCGCUGUGGGUGGCUCGACUCCCAGGGGCUCGGGCAGAAAAUGCUCUCAAAGGCCCGAGCUGCGAAAGCUUCGGUUCUUCGUGGGCGCAUCCAGGGCUUCGAUAAGAGCGGAAACGGCGAGAUUAGCGCAGUGCGCGUGGUGCUGAGCGACGGUACUGAGAGCCGCCUGCCCUGCGACGCCGUGGUCAACGCCGCCGGCGCGUGGAUGCCGAACCUUAGCGAUCUGCUGGGUUCAGGCUCCCCGCUGCCACUCCUGAAUGAAGUGCAUGCGAAGGUGAUUCUGCACGACACAAAGGCUGUCAUACCGCAGUCCUUCGCACCCUUCAUGGUCUGGCGAGACAAGGUGACGCUGGACUGGGACGACGAGGUGAAGCAGGGCCUCCUUGAGAUGGAUGACACGGCCGAGGGUGGGAUGGUAAAUGCCUCCGCCUGGAUCCGGGAGCAGCCCGGUGGGCAACACCUUCGGCCGGCAGGCAACGGCUGGGUCGUCAUGCUUUGGGAGCAUCUUCAUAAGCACCUGCCUAUUGCCGAGGAUCCGUUGAUGCCAAUCGAGUCGUUCCUCGAUAUGUAUCCCGAGCUGUGUCUAGCUGGGCUUCAGCGAAUGGUGCCUGACUUGGCCCAGUACGAGGGCCAGCUGGGCCGGGACACCGUUGUGGACGGAGGUUACUAUACCAACACCCCUGACGGGCGUCCACUUAUCGGCCCUCAUGGUUGCCCAAAUUUCUUCCUCUGUGGUGGCAUGGGUACCUACGGCUUGAUGGGCUCGCCUGCAGCAGGAGAGCUUGCAGCAAUGCACGUCAUGCAGGAGAAGCUCCCCGGCUAUGCGUCUGCAUGCGUUUGGCCUCGAGCGAGCUCAAAAACUGAUCCCUUGGUGGACCUGCUAGAUGACUCGAGCUGA